AUGUCUUAUUCAUAGUACAAAAGUUAAACGAAUGCGAUAAAUUUGCCAACUUAGAUGCACCAUUCAGCAGGCUUCAAAAAAGCAUAUUAAAAAUUCCAGUUCUACAAUUAAAAUUCAUUGAAUGUUGAGAAGUACUAUGGAUCUGUUUCUAAGUUUAAACGAAUGGAAUCUGAUCUGCAUUUUUCAUAAAGUAACCAAAAUGCUGGACUAUCAAACACCACUCUUUCAUUGGGCAAUUUACUGGAUUUUAAUAACACUAACAUCAUAUCCUAAUAAAUCACUUAAAACAAAAAUGGAGCUGACCUAUCAAAUACAAAUUUCAUUUCCCCUCGAAUACUUGAGAAGAUAAGAGUCGAUUAACAACAAAAGCGAAAGAGUAAAGACUAUUAAUUAGAUUAGAUAACUUCUACGAUAAAUGCAGAUGGCACUAGGACUCUCAUGAUAAAACGACUUCUGAAAGAUAACCCAAAACUCUUGGCAACUUAUAAAACCCUAACUUCUACAUAAAGCUAAUUGAAAAAAGAGCAGUCAAAUAGCAAUAUAGGCAGUUCUAAUGGGCUUGCUGGAAGAAGUCAAAGUGUACUCUUUAAGUCUCAAUCUACAAAAGCUCUGUUUAAGCCUCCUCCAAGCAUUAAAGAGAUACUAAUUGGAAUGAAUGAGAGUGAAAUGAAAAUUCAUCAGGAUUUACUAAGGAAGUUUAGUUAAACAGCUUCAACAUUUAAUGAUAGAGAAAACUCAAAUGAGCAAAAAAAUUCUACUGUUUAUGAGGAUAAAUACACAGAAUACCUAAGUUUACCAGCUAUAAUAACUAGACCUUCAUUGGUUUAAGACGAAAUAUUAGCCUCCCAAACCUAGUCCCUUCAAAAUGAGAGAUUAGAGGAUGAUAGACCAGAAGAUGAGUAUAUGACCUAUGAGGGAAAUGAUAAAGUCCUAGAGUUGGAAGAAAAUAAUGACCUUGAGGAAAGAUUACAAGGAUUUAACAAGAAAAAACUCUUGAAAAAAAUCUAGGAGUAGAUUCAACAUAGAACAUAAAAAUAUAGAAACGCUAAUAACUUAAGAACCAGUUUCAAUCUUACAGAGGCUACUGGAACUGCUGCAAUAAAUGACUAAGCUGGACCUUAUCUGAAUAGAAGUCUGAAAAAAAGACAUAACAGUGUCAAGAAGAUGCUAAGAGAAAAGACUCAAAGCAAUUUGAGAGCAAAUAAGUUAGAUAAGAACUAAGACUAAGAUAUAACUCAAACACUGAGUGAAUUCAUUAAUACUUCAAAGAAUCUCGAAGUAAAGAUCAAAGAAAACUAGGCAACAGAUAAAAACAACAAUUUAAGCAAGAUCAUGGAGAAGAGUAGAAGUUCUAAGAAUAGUCCUGGAAAGAAAUCUAUGAUUAAUCUAGUUCAUAUGGAAUAGGACAUGAGUGGUCAUGACAGUCAUUAGAACGAUCCUGAUUUCGCAAUUAAACAAGAAUCUCACAAAUUCAUGCUGGCCUUAACAGAGACUUUCAAUCAGCAGAUGAUUGAGAACGAAUUUGAUCAAAUCUAUAAGGUAUUUCAGAAGACAGCUUAAGAAAGAAGCUCAGCCGAAGAUGAGUAGGCUAUCGAUUAUCUUUAAACUGUAACCAUAUUCAAAGAAUUCCCUAGAAAUCUGCUAAAAGAAAUAUCCAAAAAAUUCACUACUCUUUUCUAAUAGAGAAACGAAAUUAUCAAGUAUAAGAAUGACGACACCUAUUAGAUUCUAAUCAAGGGCAAGAUAAUGAAAAUAGAUCCUAAAUCCUCUUUCAAGCAAUCGAAAGUCCUUCUUAACAGUCUCUUUGAUCCUUCUGAAUACCUUCAAAACUCCUCUAUACUUGUAAUUAAGCAGCCAUCAUAUCUCUUAUCCAUAAACAAAAAGGACUUUAGUAAGUGCAUUAAAAUCGCAGCGCUAAGAUCAGGAGAGGAGGAUGAUAUCUAGUUCCUGGCAAAGAGAAAGUUCUUUAACAAAAUUGAUAAGGAAUGCCUGUAAAAGGUAUGCAAUCUGAUGGUACCUAGAUUAUUUGAGGAGGGUAAGAAGAUAUAUGACAUAGGUGAUGUCUCUGAGGAGAUGUUUAUUGUAAGAUCUGGCAAUGUAAGUGAAGAAGUAAUGGUAAACAGCAAUCAAAAUGGCUACUUUGAAUUUGCUUAGUAUUAAACUGGGGAUUGGUUUGGCUAGUCAGAGAUGAUGCUCUGUGAAACCAGAAAAAGCAGAAUCACUGCUACAUAAAGCACUCUCCUUCUUUGCAUAAGGAGGUCUGAGCUGCAGUAAGUCCUCGGAUUUGAAUAUAUUGAACUUCUUAAGAUGCAUAUAUUUGAUCAUGAAGACUUGAAGACCAGGAUGAUUGAGGUGUCCAAGAAUAAGGCUGAACAGGAAGGGGUUCUUAAAAGAUACAAACACUUUAACGAAGAUGAUAUGGACUGA